CACGGCUUCCGGUGAAGAUUCCAUGGAGAUCGGUGUCGGAAGUCUUGCUUCACAUAGGGCCUUCAGAGCUGAGCACGGCUUGGUCACGCCCUCGUGGUACCCAUCCAGGGUUUCGCCGCUUCUCGCUCCCAGCCUCUCCAGCCGGGCGCUCAGGAUGCCGGGCGUCUCCGCCCGUGGCCUCUCUAUCGAGGAGAGGAAGCAGCUGGCUGUGAACCUCAUCCGCGUCCUGGAGCGCUACCGCUCCAUCCUAGAUGCCUACAUCAUCGAAUUUUUCACAGACAGCCUGUGGGGCACACUCCCCCGCUCAUGGCAAGAAGCACUGGAUGGACUAAGCUCACCACAGCUGGCUACCCUGCUGUUGGGGAUGCCCAAGGAAGGAGAGGUAGUCAGGUACAGGUCCGUGUGGCCACUUACUCUACUGGCCCUGAAGUCCACAGCCUGUGCCCUUGCCUUCACCCGGACACCUGGCUUUCAGACCCCCUCAGAGUUCCUGGAGAACCCCAGCCAGAGCUCCCGAUUGACAGCUCCUUUUCGGAAACAUGUCAAACCCAAGAAACAGCAUGAGAUCCGGAGACUGGGAGAGUUGGUGAAGAAGCUGAGUGACCUCACUGGCUGCACUCAGGUUGUGGAUGUGGGCUCAGGCCAGGGCCAUCUCUCCCGAUUCAUGUCUCUGGGGCUGGGGCUGGUAGUGAAGAGCCUUGAAGGGGAUCAGACACUGGUAGAGAGAGCCCAGCGUCUGGACCAAGAACUGUUGCAGGCUCUGGACAAAAUGGAGAAGAGGCACCCAAAGGUGGUCCAGAGAGGCCCUCGCCAUUCUCCCCACCACGUGGUUCAGUGGGUCAGUCCCACGGCCCUGUGUGAGGAGCUUCUGCUUCCUCUGGAGGAUCCAGGACAGAGUGGCACCCGCCUGCUACUCACAGGCCUUCAUGCUUGUGGGGAUCUGAGUGUUGCCUUGCUACGACACUUCUGCUGCUGUCCUGAGGUGGUAGCCCUGGCCUCAGUGGGUUGCUGCUACAUGAAACUCAAUGACCCUGGCAGCUACCCACUGAGUCAGUGGGUUGCUGGGCUGCCUAGCCAUGAAUUGCCUUACAGGCUCCGGGAGGGGGCCUGCCAUGCCCUAGAGGAAUAUGCUGAGAGGCUACAGAAAGCAGGCCCCGGUCUGCAAACCCACUGCUUCCGUGCAGCGCUGGAGACAGUUAUCAGAAAUGCCUGCCCUGAGCUCCGGAGGCCUGGCGUGCAAGGAAUCCCCAGGGUCAAUGAACUCAAGAUUGAAGAAUAUGUGCAGCAAGGGUUACAGCGAGUGGGGCUAGACCCCCAGCUGCCGCUGAAUCUAGCUGCCCUCCGGGCCCAGCAGGCCCAAGAGAACCGUGUGGUGGCCUUUUUUAGUCUGGCCCUCCUGCUAGCCCCAUUGGUGGAGACACUCAUUCUGCUGGACCGGCUACUCUAUCUUCAGGAGCAAGGCUUCUAUGCUGAGCUCUUGCCCAUCUUCAGCCCUGAACUCUCUCCCAGAAACCUGGUUCUGGUGGCUACCAAGACACCCCUGGGUCAGGCCUUCUCUGCUCUCGAGUCUGAAGACAGCUGACUGUCACUCCACCUGAGAAAACCAGGUGCCAGUGAGGCUAAGUACAUCUCAGUGGUUUAGAGUGCCUUGCAUCCUGCUGGGAUCCUGGCUCCCUGCAAACUUCAAGUUCAUACUUUUUCUCUCCCUUCAAAUCUAAUGUAAUAUGUGAUUUUAAUUUAUUAAAACUUGUAAGAAUUUA